GAUUGGGCUCCGCCGCUCCGGUUUAGGUUGCGCCUCUAUGACGAUCCGUGACGGCGAGAAAUGUGUCGACAGGAAUGAUGAGCGAGAUCUUUUGGAGUAAGUUUCCGACAGAGCUGGUUUGGCGGGUCCAAAAAGUCCAGUGUGUGUGGGUGCGAAGUUUUACAACCCCGCAGACGGAGGCCAGGUACUUGUUCUGAAGCAAAUAGGGGAGCGGGACCUUAGACUGAGCUAAGAAUGGAAAUUGAACGUCAAUCGGAGCAUUGAUUCAGCCUUCUAACCUCCAAGUACUCUGUGUACGACUGACGGGAAAACUACACAAGCCCAGAUGGCACGCGGCCUUGGAAGGUCUUUUUUAUACACGAGAGGUCAAAGACAUGUAGACAAGCUAUUUGUCUGGUUGUGCUGUGCUUUGAAGACGACCCUGCGCUCUGACAAGCCCGUCGGUUCCAGGCCCCCGAGAUUCAAAGCCAAGGGGUCUCGAGCAAGCCAAGGCAAACGGAUGCCAUGCCGGCCAGUCGAUGCAGCCUUGGCGUCGACCCGAAUAGGGCAUUGGAACGAUGCAAUGCAAGUUGAGCGUCAAUGCAUGAAGACGAACCAAAGAACAGCACGGGGAAAAGAAAGAACCUGGAAGUACGGAGCAGGUCAGCCUGGCCCGAAGGUGCAAGCAGGAGCUUGUCCGAUGUCGAGGGGUCAGAGUAGCCGCCCCACUGCAGUUGUUGCUUCCUGUGCCGUUCCCCAAGUUCCUCCUUGCGACCCCUGCCGCUGCGGCGCAGGGACCGUUCCUUCUUUUGGCUCGAGCCCUGCUUGGUCCCUUUGUUGGGGUCAAACUGCAGGCACGGACCGAAUCUCAGCCCACCGCCGUCCAUCAUGCUCGGCUUCAAACCUUGGUCCAACGUCAAGAGAGAUUGACCAGCGUUGAGUGUUGCGCAGUGAGCGCCGAAGGAGUCCCUUGCAUGCUCAGUGCGGAGUACUUGACAUCCGUCCCGAGGUGAUGCA